AUGAUGACUUCUUUUAGUGAUCAUUCCUACGAGUUGUUGGUUGUUGGUGAUAAAGGUGUUGGAAAAACAGUUUUUUCAUCAGUUAAAAGUAUUCUUCAUUUAGGAGAAUCGCCAAUUGAAUUUUGUUUUGGUUACAACGUCAGAAAGAAAGAAAUCAAUCUCAAUGGUGAACGGAUCGAACUCGACAUUUACGAUAGUAGCAGUGCAAAAAGUCAUCGUAGUUUCAGAAACAACCUUUAUAGACGUGUACACGGUAUUUUUAUUAUUUAUGAUACAACAAACAAAGAAUCAUUUGAAAAUUUAAAAAUUUGGUUGCAUGAAAUUAAUAAUUAUGCAAAUAAACAUAAACAUGUGAUGAAAUUGAUUAUUGGAAAUAAAUGUGAUUUAGUAGGACGAAAGGCAGUCAGUUUUGACGAAGCUAGAGAGUAUGGUAUUCAAUCCAAUGUUUCCAUGUUUGAAGUUUCUGCACAAAAUUUUACUAAUGUUGAAUUAGCAUUUCAACGUAUGGUUUUGAAAAUUCGAUCCAAUUCAACAUUGAGAAGCAAUUAUCAACCUGAUCAGUAUGGAGAACGAAUUGGUUUAGAUGUGAGUUGUAUAUUUGAUGUUGAUUCAAAUGUUGCCGAACAAGAUAUGAAUGAUCAAGGUCUUCAUAAUGGUACAGAAAAUGAAAACGAACAACUUUCGACUGAAUCUGAUGAGAAUGCUGAUGGGACACAUAUUCAAAGUGUGGAUGAACGUGAGAUGGAACGUGCUCAAAUAUUACCAUCAAAGAAUCAAACAGUUGAAGAGAAAGCUAAGGAAUCAAAUCUUAUUAAUUUUGCAGAAGCAUUAAUGCGUUUUCGUAUGCAAAAAAACAAUUAA